UUCAAUUUGCAUGCAGCCAAUGGCGCUGCCGAUCUGAGGAGCGGGACAUUCGCCUACAGCAGCUCUGCUCUUGCAUGAAAACCUCCACACACUCUAACACAGCAAGAAUGCAGUUUAGAUAUAUGUGAAUAGUAUUUGUUUGGCGUACUCUAUUGAGAACCAUGCGCCGCUGCGGAGCGCCCAGCCAGCUGGGUAACCUGUCGAAAAAGCCCCGAUUCGUCCCUCCCGGCGCCUCGGUGUCCGGUUCUCCUGUCAGCUUACCCGAGCAGCUGAUGCCCAAACUCAGCUUUGAGCACGCGCCAAACAAGGUCCUGAAGAGGUUGGCUGGCACCUUCUUACCCAGGGUGAUAUGUGAUGAGAAGCCCCUGUCCUCCACUGGGCUGACCACCAGAGCCCCAGCACCAGGCCUGUCCUCCACUGGGCUGACCACCAGAGCCCCAGCACCAGGCCUGUCCUCCACUGGGCUGACCACCAGAGCCCCAGCACCAGGCCUGUCCUCCCCUGGGCUGACCACCAGAGCCCCAGCACCAGGCCUGUCCUCCCCUGGGCUGACCACCAGAGCCCCAGCACCAGGCCUGUCCUCCCCUGGGCUGACCACCAGAGCCCCAGCACCAGGCCUGUCCAGGGCCCUGGCCCGGGUUCUGAGUGCUGCAGAGAGCAGUGAGAAUCAGACUGAUCCUGGAGAUGGGGCUGCAGCUGAAGGCGACACGAGACCUGCAGAUGGCGUCAGGCUCAGUGUUCAUGUCCAACAUGGUGGGUAAGGCUCGCUCCUCCAACUUCACCCUGUCUGAGAAGCUGGACCUGCUGAAGCUGGUGCGCCCGCAUGUGCGCAUCCUGGAGGAGCACACCAACAAGCACGCCGUCAUCGUGGACAAGAACAAGUGCUGGGACACGGUGGCGGAGCAGUACAACGCCCUGGGGGGGGACCGGCCGCCCCGCACCGCCCAGGGCCUACGCACGCUCUACAAGAGGCUGAAGGAGGCGGCCAAACAGGAAGUGAUGCAACGCAGACACACCCAGAGAGAGUACAGAGGGAACAUCUCUGAGCCCACCAGGAGAGUGAUGGACAUGAUCCCCAACCUCUUCCACCACGUUCCCCUGCACGACAAAGAGCAGGCACUGCACAGGUUGGUGUACGCCAAGCCCAACUCCCCCCUGGAGCACCCAGGCAGCAGCUCCUCUCUGCCUGGCCUGUCUGACUACCCCGCCGCCCCCCUCACCAUCCGCCUGGACGGAGACCUGGCCAGGCCCGAGCAAGAGGACGACGUCAAGCCUCCGCCUGACCUCACCAUCCUGUCCACCCGCGUGGGCCUGGACCUGGAGCCGGACCAGCUGGACGAGGAGGAUGUCGGCAGCAUCCAUGGUUACGACGGCUCCCUCUCCCCCUGCCCCUCCUCCGUCAACAUCCCUCUCUCCGCCUCGCCACUGCCCCUGCGGCGAGACCUCUACCCCCACGACAUCUACCCCCGCCACGACCCGGACAGGCUCCGCCCACUGCAGCUGGCCAAGGAAGAGCACGAGCUGGUGCUGGCCAAUCACAGGAAAGUGGGCGUGUACCUGGAGGAGAAGAGGGAGGGGCUGAAACGGAAGCAGGAGUUGGAGGAGGAGCUUCUCAGAACAAAGAUCAAAGUGGAGAAACUCAGAGCUGCCAGACUCAGACACGGCUUACCCCUGCCCCUGUAACACACACACACACACACACACACACACACACACUGCCCCUGUAACACACACACACACACACACA